GAAAUAUUUUCAAAUAUUCGUGGACGAAUUUUUUGUGGUUUCGAUGGUUUCAAGGGCUUCAAUGGUUUCAAGGGUUUCAAGGGUUUCAAUGGUUUCAAUGGUUUCAAGGGUUUCAAUGGUUUCAAGGGUUUCAAGGGUUUCAAUGGUUUCAAGGGUUUCAAGGGUUUCAAUGGUUUCAAGGGUUUCAAGGGUUUCAAGGGUUUCAAUGGUUUCAAUGGUUUCAAGGGUUUCAAAGGUUUCAAGGGUUUCAAGGGUUUCAAAGGUUUCAAGGGUUUCAAGGGUUUCAAUGGUUUCAAGGGUUUCAGUGGUUUCAAGGGUUUCAAAGGUUUCAAUGGUUUCAAUGGUUUCAAGGGUUUCAAUGGUUUCAAGGGUUUCAAUGGUUUCAAGGGUUUCAAGGGUUUCAAUGGUUUCAAGGGUUUCAAAGGUUUCAAUGGUUUCAAAGGUUUCAAUGGUUUCAAGGGUUUCAAUGGUUUCAAGGGUUUCAAUGGUUUCAAGGGUUUCAAUGGUUUCAAUGGUUUCAAUGGUUUCAAGGGUUUCAAAGGUUUCAAUGGUUUCAAAGGUUUCAAUGGUUUCAAGGGUUUCAAUGGUUUCAAAGGUUUCAAUGGUUUCAAGGGUUUCAAUGGUUUCAAAUGUUUCAAGGGUUUCAAGGGUUUCAAAGGUUUCAAGGGUUUCAAUGGUUUCAAGGGUUUCAAUGGUUUCAAGGGUUUCAAAGGUUUCAAGGGUUUCAAUGGUUUCAAGGGUUUCAAAGGUUUCAAGGGUUUCAAGGGUUUCAAGGGUUUCAAUGGUUUCAAUGGUUUCGAGGGUUUCGAGGGUUUCGAUGGUUUCAAG